CUAAUCGGCUUCCACGGAGAGGGAAUUACAACCUACUACUACUACUACUACUACUACUACUCACUUCCACACAGGACCAGACGCCUCCCCAAGAUGCGUGUGUACGUUGUAAUAGCAGCGGCAGUACUGACGGGAGUGACGACGGGUACAGAACUCACACCUCACCAGAGAAUCUCUCAGUGCUCUCGGAGUCGAACUAUAGUGACAAAGGCGAACACUUGCCUGGAGUACAUCGACAGCAUGAAGGACAGAUUUGUGCGAAACACGGUGGGCUACUCUUGGGAGACAGCUGAUUCCAAGUACCCAAUUGGGGAGAUGGAGGCACCCUAUCUACCGCAGCUUCCCCCAGCAGGCACCCAUACCCCUGGCACCUUCCACGAGGAGCUGGUGCGGCAGUACGGUCUGCUGCAACAUUGUCUGCUGGCCUUCGAGCACCUGUCGCUGGACCAGGUGCUCUUUCCUUUUGUCCACCCACACGUGGAGUCUGUGGACAAAGUGGAUAGGCAGCUCAAUAUUUUCAUGGCGUAUCUGAAGACGACCCUGGCGGAUGAAGGCCAUGAGCCCGACCACAGCCUCACCACAGAGCUGGGCCGCUUCAUCUACAAUGAAGAGAGGAUGUCAGUGAGGAGGAAGAGAGCCUUCAUCAUCCUGAGGGACACCCGCGCCACGCUACUCCAUACUGUCGAGGUGUUCCAGACGUACUGCUAGCGAUCGGUGCUCCUCAUGUCAGCAGUCUUCCUUGCCUCACUGAUAUCCCCAUUAUCAUCACCACCAUCACCACCACUGCUGUCUGAGAAGCCAUUCCAUGCAGUAACCGCAGCUUAAGGUCCAGUAUCAACGGCGCCAACAAACAUGCUUCACUCACAAUGGAAACCACGUGGUACAUCCUUAUGACAGUCAGGAAGUCCUACAACUGCUACAUAUAUAUCAAAAGGUAACAAUUAUGUACACCGCACUAAUGUCAGAAGCACGUCCUAGAACAACACAUGUUAGUUUAAACAUUUUCAUUCGACGCAAUUUCUUACUGACAUCUCCUCAUUAUGUUUUUCAACCACGUACGCUGCUCAACAAUAUGUAGACUGGUGAUAUCAUCAGACACAGGAGUCAUGAGUACACACACGCUAGUAAUGGGAGGGGGCGAAGUGAAGAAACAAAAAUACCACACCCUCAGCAAAGAUGUCCCACCAUAGUACGUAAUAACUCGAAUGUUUUGUGUGUGUCCUUAGUCAGUUUUCUUCACACAGAAAGAAAUAAAAAGUAAGAACGUCAAAUGGGAAAAUGUCUUGGAAACUUUAAUAUUAUUGCUCUUGUGACUUCUGGUAUCCGAGAAAGAUACAAAUCCGAAAACUCUUCUUAGUGUAUACCUGUUUUAAUGCUCUUUAAACACUUUUUGCCAGAAGUCGAGGAAAACACUGAACUGCACCUCAACUCUAGUCCUAGUCACACUUUACCCUGUCCUAUGCAAGUCGGAAAGGAAGCUUCACUAAAGAAAAACAAAUGGAUGAGUUUUCUAUAUAAAUUAUUCGUUUUCUGUAUAAAAUAUGUAUGAAAGAAAACUAUUUUGAAUGGGCAACUUUGGUAU